UGAUGACAGACUUACCGGGCGAUGGCUGUCCAGCUUGCGGAGGUGGCCGGCGCAGAAGAGAGAUAUCAGUAGAGCCGAGACGUCCUCGCAGUUCCCACGCCGAUGGUCAACUAAAUUUCGCCCUGGCUCUUAGAGUUUUAUAGAGAUCUAGAACAAUAGGUGGUGUCAGGGGUUUCCCCCACAUCCCGGAAAAUAUGCACGGCGUCUGGGACGAAGCACGAAGACAAAAGGCACAAUUAUGAGGGUAUUGUUUUCGGCGUGGGAACAGAUCUUAUAUUCAUUGUCGGCCCUUUCAGCAACUGAUGAGUUGGUACCCCCGUAGGGAUGUGUACGUGUAACCAUGGUGAUAUCAUAACAGAGUUGGUGGGAAAGAAGGCACAAUUAUCAGGGCAUUGUUUUCGGCGUGGGAAUAGAUCUGUUCGGCCCUUUCAACAACUGAUGAGUUGGUACCCCCAUAGGGAUGUGUACGUGUAACCAUGGUGAUAUCAUAACAGAGUUGGUGGGAAAGACGGUAAGUCAUCAAUCAGUGCCGUUCUCAGAAAGAUAAACGCCGCGACCACCCUUAAGACCAGACCACGAUCAAAGACGGUUCCCGAAUUGAAACAAAAGACGUAAAAUAGGCAUUGUUUAUGCCGUGAGAAGCAACCAACGGUCGGUGGAAAUAUGCACUCGAUGAUACCGCAGGGAUAUGAACUAGAAGGGAUGCAGAUAAAAAGGAUAAUCAUAACGCUACCGACAAAAGAAUAAUUCAGAACAACACAAUACCUAUCGCAAUACCUACUCCGGAGCUACUCCGGAGCAAGACGUAUAGCGACUCCAAAGCAAUGAUUCAAUGCAUGUAUGUGCAUGGCAUAUGUUCACACGUGAUACUUACCUUUACGUUCAAAUAGGUUCAUUAGUAUGUGACAUAUAACGAUGAAGCCGCCCGGAUUAUGCGACCCCUUCAGGCUGACCUUUGUUUCACCCCGACUUGAGCUAAGAAAUUACGUAUCCCCCCUAAACUCUGUAUAUCUGGACCAAUCAGAGUACCGACUCGUCUGAAGCAAAUGUAAAUAUGCAAAUACAUGGUGACAGACCAGAUAAAAGGUCUUCCUUUUUUUGCUAACAGAACCGCCGCAUGAUGCUUCCAGCGCAGCCACCGAAGCCUAACGAGUCCGCACUGAAGGUCUCUGUAGACCGAGAGAUGCAGUGUGAGCCCCUACUGCGUGAAAACUCCAGACGCUUCGUCAUUUUUCCCAUCCAAUACCGCGACAUCUGGCACAUGUACAAGAAGGCCGUAGCAUCAUUCUGGACAACGGAGGAAGUUGAUCUCUCUAAGGACUUGGAGAAUUGGGAGAGUCUGAAUGACAACGAAAAACACUUUAUCAAACACGUCCUGGCGUUUUUUGCAGCUAGUGACGGUAUCGUGAAUGAAAAUCUGGUAGAGAGAUUCACCAAAGAGGUGCAGGUGACUGAGGUAAGGUGCUUCUAUGGCUUCCAGAUUGCCAUUGAGAACAUUCAUUCUGAAAUGUACAGUCUCUUAAUCGACACCUACGUGAAGGAUCCGCAUGAGAGAGAGCAUCUGUUCAGUGCCAUUGAGACCAUACCUUGUGUAAAGAAGAAGGCUGACUGGGCCCUUAGAUGGAGUGGAGACGAGAAAAGCACUUUUGGGGAUCGUGUGGUUGCGUUUGCCGCUGUGGAAGGGAUAUUUUUCUCCGGGGCCUUCGCAGCAAUUUUCUGGUUGAGGAAAAGAGGGCUCAUGCCGGGGCUGACUUUCUCUAAUGAGCUGAUCAGUAGAGACGAGGGUCUGCACGCCGACUUUGCCUGUCUUAUGGUCAGCUAUCUGAUCAAUAAGCCUAGUGAGGAGCGCAUUCACCAGAUUAUCGACGAUGCUGUUAAGAUUGAGCAAGAGUUCCUGACGGAAGCUCUUCCCGUGAGGCUGAUUGGGAUUAAUCAAGACCUGAUGAAACAGUACAUCGAAUUUGUCGCAGAUAGGCUGCUGGGGGAACUCAUGUGCAGUAAGCUUUACAACAGCGAGAACCCCUUUGACUUCAUGGAGAACAUUUCUCUGGAGGGAAAGACCAACUUCUUUGAGAAGAGGGUGGGGGAGUACCAGAAGAUGGGCGUGAUGUCCUCCUCUGAACAGCAAAAGUUCACGUUGGAUGCUGACUUUUAAAAGUAGAGAAUAAAAGAACGGAA